ACAGAGACAUUCAUCCAGGGUAUUAGGAAAAACCAAGCCUCCCCUUAGGAAUGGCACUUGUCUGAGAGUUUCCUCAGCACACAGCUCCUGAAAAGCCACCAGGCUUGUGAAAGGAGAACAGAGGGGCUAUUGGGAUACAAAUUACAGCUCUCUCAGGAUUUGCCCGACAGAGCGGCCGAUUUGGAAGACGUUGGUACCUGAGGAGUAAAACAAAGAGGAAACAAUGACAGACGAUCAAGACCUUUCUGAGGUGGAGAUGAGUCCUGUGGGUUCUGAAGACCACCACUGCCUCUCUCCAGGACCUUCCAUGGCAUCAGAUGCUAGCUCUCACCUUAGCAACACCAGCAGCGGUGAGAUGGGGAAGGUGAAGAAGGAACAGCAGGACUCAGAAGCGGACGACGACAAGUUCCCAGUGUGCAUCAGGGAGGCAGUGAGCCAGGUGCUGAGUGGCUACGACUGGACCCUGGUGCCCAUGCCUGUGCGGGUCAAUGGGAGCAGCAAGAGCAAGCCCCAUGUCAAGCGGCCCAUGAAUGCCUUCAUGGUGUGGGCGCAAGCGGCCCGGAGGAAGCUGGCAGAUCAGUAUCCUCACCUCCACAAUGCAGAGCUUAGUAAGACGCUUGGGAAGCUCUGGAGGUUGCUGAAUGAAAGCGACAAGCGUCCCUUCAUUGAGGAGGCGGAGAGGCUGCGAAUGCAGCACAAGAAGGACCACCCUGAUUACAAAUACCAGCCUCGCCGGCGGAAAAAUGGCAAGGCCGCCCAGGGUGAAAAUGACAGCCAGGCCGAGGGGGAAGCUGGUGGAGCAGCUGCAAUACAGGCGCAUUACAAGAACGCCCAUUUGGACCACAGGCACCCUGGGGAAGGCUCUCCCCUGUCUGACGGGCACCCUGAACACCCCUCAGGUCAGAGCCACGGACCUCCCACACCGCCGACCACUCCAAAGACAGAACUGCAGUCCGGUAAGGCUGACUCCAAGAGGGAGGGGCGUUCCCUUGGGGAAGGAGGAAAGCCACACAUCGACUUUGGCAAUGUGGAUAUUGGGGAGAUCAGCCACGAAGUGAUGUCCAACAUGGAGCCCUUUGACGUCAACGAGUUUGACCAGUACCUGCCGCCGAAUGGACAUGCUGCUCACCCAGGCCAUGUCGGAGGCUAUGCCACAGCAGCUGGCUAUGGCCUUGGGAGUGCCCUGGCUGCAGCCAGUGGACACUCGGCCUGGAUCUCCAAGCAGCAUGGAGUCUCCUUGUCUGCUGCCACAUCAUCGGUGGUAGACUCCAAGGCACAAGUGAAAACAGAGGGCUCUGCUCCGGGGGCCCAUUACUCUGACCAGCCCUCCACUUCACAGAUAGCAUACACCUCUCUCAGUUUGCCCCACUAUGGCUCAGCUUUCCCCUCUAUAUCCAGGCCUCAGUUUGACUAUCCUGACCACCAGCCCUCAGGACCCUACUACGGCCACUCCAGUCAGGCUUCCGGCCUCUACUCGGCCUUCUCCUAUAUGGGGCCCUCCCAACGGCCCCUAUAUACUGCCAUCUCUGACCCAGCACCUUCAGUGCCACAGUCUCAUAGCCCCACACACUGGGAGCAGCCUGUAUAUACGACCCUCUCGAGACCCUAGGGAAUGGGGAGCAGUGACCAAAGCAGCAGCGGAAAGGCUCCGGAGAAUCAGCCCCAGAAGACGAGCCUCCGGGUCCCGAGGUCAUUCGGUGUAACCCAGUCGCCAGAACCCACAGAAUAUCCGGGCGUGUCUAUCUUGACCGCAGUUAUCGAUGGCUCACCUGGCCGGAGGAAGGUUCCCACCCACCCCCCACAAUCCCAGUCCUUGAUUGGCUUCCAAAGUCCCGUGGGCCUUCUAGAUGAGGACGAUUCUAGGCACGGAGCAACUAGUCAUGGUGGGUUUUUUUGUUUUUGUUCAGCAGUUCAAGGGUUUAAAAUAAAAUAAAAUUGAGAGAUAAUCCCUUCCCUUCUCUCCCCAUCCCUGAAGUUGUCCAGAACAUCAUCCUGAUGGUUUAGAAAGAAACACAAUGGACACAAUUCUGCCACUCGCUGUGGGUGAAGGCUAGGUGGGCACCCUGGUGGGGUAAUGUUACAGGUGGAGAAGUAGAAUGGUGCAGCCGUCCAAUAUGGACCAUGCUCUAGGACAUUCCUGCUUCAGAGUCGCACAUGCAUGAAAUGUUGCUCCCCAUUGGAAGACCAACCUAUGCUUGCUUUUCCUGUUGAUAUUUGGCACCUGCGCCCACUUUCCCUUAUCCAUUCCAUCGCCUCUCUGCUGCCUGGCUCUCUUAAGACUUAACUACACAGUACUUUGGACUCAGGAACUGCAUUAUAUGCUCUGGCCACCUUUGCAUCGCAGCAUGUAAGCAUGUGCAUACAUGCUGGUCCCCUGGACCGUAAAAAAAAAAAAAGCAAAUGGGA